UGUUACAAAGAGAGAGAAAAUACAACAAUGGCAAAAUCCAACCACGUCCGAUCUAUUAGCUUUCCCAGCAGAUCACAUCCAAGCAUUCAAAAAGUAGAAAAAGAGCUUACCAUGCUCAAAGCAUUACAAGUAUCAGCUACUCCAGAAGCAGCUACAAUUAGCAGUGGCCUUCUUGGAUUAGAACAGCUUUACAAGUGCAUGGAUGAUCUUCUUAACUUGCCACAAACCCUUCAUACCCUCUCCCAACAUCAAAAUAAGAAAUUGGUUGAUGGCUUAUUGGAGAGAUCAGUGAAGCUUCUAGAUAUUUGUGGUCUAGCGAGAGAUAGUGCCUCUCAGUUGAAGGAAAAUUUGAGAGAUAUACAAUCCUCCCAGAGGAGGAAAAAGGAAGAUUCUAGUGUUGAAUCCAACAUCACCCAAUACACGUCAUUUGUAAAGAAGAUGAGCAAGGAUGUAAAAAAGUCAAUUGCAGCAAUAAAGAAAAUCGAUGAUAAGAUUGAUGGAUCCACACCCUUGGAUGUGCAUCAUGAUAUCUCAUCAGUGAUCAGAGCAUUAAGAGAAGCAAGUGCAGUGAGCCUUUCUAUUUUCCAGCUUGUCCUGCUUUUCUUGUCUAUGCCAGUUUUGAAGCCUAAGCCAUCAAAGUGGUCAGUGGUUUCAAAAUUGGUACAAAAUGGAAGAGUAGCAUGUGAAUACCAGCACAACAGCACUUGCAACCUGGAGACUUUGGAAGCUCAACUUGAGGAUAUUGAGAACAAAAUGGAAAUCAUUUUUAGGAGCUUGAUUAAAUUAAGGAGCUCUCUCCUAAACAUCAUCUCCUGCUAAGUGAUUGUAUAGCCAUGUUUGUAUAUAGUCAAUUUUGUAGUUACUCAAAAGAUAUACAAUACAGAAGUAAUAGUUUAUACUCCAACUUGCACCUAUCUCCUUUCUUAUGUGUAUCAAGCCAUCCCCUGUUACUGAAAAAAUAUCUCUUAACAGUA